CUGAGACUGUCCCUGUGAGCCCCAGAGGUUUGUGCCCUGCCAUUUAUCUUCCCAUCUCCAUGCGGCAAGAGGUGCCUGACCACGAUUUCUUACUGUCUGCACUUGUCAGUUCAGCGGCUUUUAUUUAACCAGCAAUUGGUGAGAGCAUCUAUAUUUUUGCCCUCGUAAAAUUUUAGUAAGCUUAUCAUUGCAGUGUCUUUAUUCAUGGUUCCUUGCAUUCGGAAGCACUGGAGAAACCUGAUGUGAGAGUGCCUGGCUGCUUGCAGUGCACACGGACACUCGAAGCAGACACCAGGAGUGGGAAGUGCAGGGUAACUGCAGAGGAACAGGAAGGUUUGGUCAACCCAUUUGAAAAGUAGCUGCAGCAGUGAGCUGGUGCUUCCUCUUCUGCAUGCACUCAACAUCUGACAUCGAUGCAGGAGGCAGACAAGGUGUCUUGGUGAAGCAGCUACGGUUUGGUGGACAAACUGAAUGAUCUGCACGAAGCCCUGGUUAUUAUCUCUCCUCAAACAGAACGUAUGAACUUCUUCACUACUUAAAGAGAGAUUUUGUUCCUGCUCGUUCGUCUUGGAUGGUUGGCUUCUGCAGGGACAAGGAUUGUUUGCUCUCUGCUCUGCUCUACAUUACUGGUGUUGCAUCUGCUUCUGAUUUGAUGGAGGUGCAGAUAUCCCGUGUGUGAUACACUAACCUACUUCUCAGACUUUACUGUGUUUGUCUUCUGACAGAGCACAUCUGAAGUGGAGCUGAUCAACUUUCUUGUGUCAUGAACAAUUCUGUUGCUAGUGAGGAGAGUUUGUGUUGAAAGAAAAAAACACCAGCAACCACCCUGGAGCAGCCUGGCAGGCUCGCUGGUGCCAGGAUUCGCUGUGGCCACUUGCUUGAUCAAGUGGAGGAGCAGCUUGGAACCAUUGUCAAGAUCCUGGUGUUUCAACUGCCAGAGAAGAAGUGUAGCUUAAAAAAAGCUUUCUUCAGUGGUAUGACACAGUGGUGUCUUUGUAUUCCCUGUGUGUGUGUGUGCUGGUUUUUACCGCCUUCUGGCAUCGUCCACCUCAUAGCGUUUUGAAAGGAGGACACCGCUGGUGCCAGCAGACAGACUUCCGAGUUCUGAAAUGCAGAAGUGUUUUUAAUGUCUAAGAGUUGUGACUAGCAAGAAAAUCCUCACUAAAACUCACUCAACUGUUGCUGCUGUGUAAAGAUAACAGCAAGACUUGCUUCUUCUCCUCUUCACUGCCUGCUGCACUGGGAUAUUGGAAAGGAAUCAUUCAUGGAAUUGCCCAUCUAAUGCUGCAGCUGUGCUGACUUCUGGCUGCUUCUUGGCUGCAUGAACCAGUGAGCCCUCAGCAGGAACCAGCCCUUGUCCAGACAGCGGUGCAACAAGGCUGCCCGGGGCUGAGCCGUGAGCGCUUAAGCAGGAAUCAUUGCAACCUGAAACAGAAGGCUUACUGCUGGUUAGAUGCCCAAAAGGGAGAGCACAACUCUGGCUGAACUGAUGCAUCUCGGCACCUGAUACAGGUGCAGCUUCUGACAUGAAGAAAGAUAUAGACACUUUAAUAACCCAGGAAAAAGCGGAGAUCAUUGCCAAGUAUGAGAAGGGCAGGCAGGAGGGAGCCACGAUUGACCCGUGGGAAGAUGCUGAUUUCACGCUGUACAAAGUUACUGACCGCUUUGGGUUUCUGCAUGAGCAGGAGCUGCCAACCCGCACCGCCUUGGAGGAGAAGCAAAAGCAGCAGGAAAUUGAACGUGUGGACAAGUGGCUGAAGAUGCUGAAGAAAUGGAGCAAAUACAGAAACAGUGACAAGAUGUGUCGGCGAGUGUACAAAGGCAUUCCGCUCCAGGUGCGAGGCCAGGUCUGGUCACUGCUGCUGGACGUUGAGAAGAUGAAGAAGGAGAAUGAAGGAAAGUAUGAGCAAAUGAAACAACAGGCAAAGAGCUGGUCCUCAGAAAUCAAGCAGAUAGAUCUGGAUGUUAACCGCACCUUCCGAAACCACAUCAUGUUUCGGGAUCGCUAUGGUGUGAAGCAACAGGCAUUGUUCCACGUCCUGUCGGCAUACUCAGUGUACAACACUGAGGUGAGCUACUGCCAGGGGAUGAGUCAGAUCGCAGCCAUCCUGCUGAUGUACUUGAAUGAAGAAGAUGCGUUUUGGGCACUGGCACAGCUUCUGACCAACCAGAAGCAUGCAAUGCAUGGUUUCUUUAUUCCUGGGUUCCCAAAGCUGCAGAGAUUUCAAGCUCAUCACGAGCAGAUUUUAAGCAAACUCUUUCCGAAACUGAAGAAGCACAUGGACAAGGAGCAGAUGACGACAGGGAUUUACACCACCAAGUGGUUCCUGCAGUGCUUCAUUGACCGGACACCUUUCACCCUCACCUUGCGGCUGUGGGACAUCUACAUCCUGGAGGGAGAGCGGGUCCUGACAGCCAUGGCUUACACCAUUCUCAAGCUGCACAAAAAGCGCUUGCUGAAGAUGACGCUGGAAGAUCUGCGGGAAUUUCUGCAGGAGAAAAUUGCUGCGUCGCUGCAGUAUGAGGAUGACGCUGUCAUAGACCAGCUGCAGGUGUCCAUGAGUGAGCUGCGCAAGAUGAAGUUUGACCUCCCCCCCCCCUGGUGGCCCGACGAGUUCCCUCGCAGACCCCUGGGCCUGGAGCUCUCCCUCAACCCUCUGGACACGAAGGCCAGUGCGGCAGCCAAUGGCCAGAAUGGGCUGCUGGGUGAGCACCCCUCUGACAGGGGCACCGCACAGCCUCCCAGCCACCAGGGGACGGCCGUCAGGACUCCCGAUGUGCCAAGCAGCCGGGCCCAUGAAGCAGCUGACAGCCAUCCACAUCUCCCGUACAGCGAGGGGCAGCCGACAGAGGACGUGGCACAGCGGCAAUCUCCAAAGCCGAGCGAGAUGCAAGCCUUCCCCACCAGCCUGGAGGAUGCUGUGAGGAGUGGGGAAUCCACCCUGCACACUGGACAUGGGGUUGAGCACGAGGAGCAUCGUGAGCUGCACCAUGAGUCGCCCAGCUUCACUCCCUCCCUGUGCAGCUCCGUGGGCUCCUUCCACCCUGCGUCAAACGCUCCUGUGGACACACCAGCUGGGGAGGCCCAGCCGCCUGAGCAGCAUUCCAGCAUGGACCACACGCCAGAUCUUGCUGCUUGUGGGCCGCCUGAGGAACAACAAGCAUCCUCCCUGCAUGGGGAGGAGGCCACAGCACUGCAGAGGGACAUCCCUGAGGAUAUGGGCGAGACGCAACAUGGAGUGAUACUAAUGAAUGGAAUGGACUCAAAGGCCUCACUGCCCAAGUCGGCGUCCACGGGUGAGCUUGGUGGCCUGCAGCAGGGCACAGAGAUGGCGCUUGAGCGAGGCUUCGCUGCCCUAGGCUCGCUUGCCCCGGGCAGGCCAUCGGGCAGCAGCACGCCUGUUCUGUCAGAGAGCGUGUCACUGGCCAGGGGGAACAGCCUCCAUACCGUGGUGAAAACCACCACCCGCCUGCAUGUGGCACAUGUGACUGAGCAGGACUUGGCAAACAGAAGGCAGGUGGCACUGCCCUGGCCAGAGGCCGCCCAUCCCCUGGCUGCCAGCUCCCUGCUGCCUUCUGCCAGGUCAGACAUGGGGGCGGUCCAGCAAGGCACCCAGAAACCGCCGAAUGCACUGAAAGCACCGCGCCCACCCCUGAGCCCCAAACCAAAACUUCCCCCACAGGUUUCCAAAUCCCUGUCAGAGAACAGCUUCAGCCCAGACUCUCAUCCCGCUGCACGGCUGCCCAAGUCGGUGACGUUUUAGUGGGGUGUGGGACUGAGCUGGGGGCCGGAGUGGCACCAGCCCCACGAUGCCCUCAACACGGCUGUUGCCUGCCUGUGGUGUCCCAUAGAGCUGUGCUUUGGUACGAGAGCCAGGGCUGCAGAGCCCAGAGCCACCAGCAACCUCCGCUUUGGUUUGCAUCCAUGGUUUCCUUUCUAUGGACAGAAGUGCUUGUGUUUGGGUUCAUUUGGGGAGAGCAGCAGAGCUGGUUAAUGUGUGCUCUUCGCUGCCUGCCCCCUCGCAGCAUGGAGCUCCAAGGCUCAGGGUGGGUGCAGUGAUGGACAUAAGGCAGUGGAGUACAAAAUACUUAGCAGGAGGCUUUCCUUCCUCUGUAGCAGUAGGCCUUUAUUUCUUUUUCCAGACCUGCAGGAAGCAGCAGCCCUUCAGAUGGGGCUGGAGCAUGCCAGUAGGCAAGCACCACUGCCCAGCAGUCUAUGCAAGUCCCUUCCUCCUGGUAGUCCCUUUCCGUGCCCCUGGCUGCACUCCCAGAGAGGAGGUGUUAGCAGCUGGUGGUGGUGAGCUCUGGCUGUGACCCCAGCAGAGGACCCUUCAUGUUCUCCAGGUGAUGAGGAUGGUGGUGAAAGUUGAGCCUGGGUUGCAGGUCCAGAGCAGCAAGCAGGCUUGCUGCCUCAAACUGACCAAAGGGGAGAAUUGGCUGCUGCCCUGGUGAGCCUGAGGGCACCGUUUAGCUGCAGUGCAAACCCCCGUCACGCACCUUGCCUUUGCCCAUGGGCUGCUGGAGGUGUGUGUUCAUGUCUCAUUGUGGUGCCCAGGUUGAAGCCUGCUUGUGCCUGAACAAGUAAAAUUUCAGGGUGGAGACACCAGAGAAGCUAGGAAGAGGGAGCACACGGCCCCCAGUUUUUCUUUGUCCUAGUUUCACCCAGCCAGAAAUCAGCAACCAAGAAAGGAAACCUGGGUACGGAGGUUUGGAAGUUGAUGCCCUAAUGCAUUGCCACAGGACAGAUGCCCCUGCAUCUGUGUGCAGUGGAGAGCCCUGCAGUCCUGUCCUUUUCCCACCUUCCUUGGGACCACGUGGGAUCCAAGCCAGUCCCUGCCUUCAGCACUUUUUUCAAGCAGCACUGUGUCCCCAGGAUGUCACCACCUGACUGGAGGUGCACAGGGAGCAGGGCAGCUCACCCCACUGAAAGAACCGAGCCAAACCCAUGUGCCCAGCACACAGCAGCUCAUUGUGAAGGGAUUUCAGCAAGAAGGGGAGCAGCAGGAAAUGAGCUCCAGGCCAGAUGAGUGGUAUGUGACAGUGCUUUGUGGCAGAGGGGAUGGGGAUGUCACCUUUUGGACAGCGGGUGAGACCACUGCCUGUCCCUCCAAUGGCAGACAUGGGCCAAAGCUCCUCUAAGAUCUAAAGGAGACUUUUGAAACCUAGUUUUCAUCUCUUAUUUUCAUCUCUCAGGCUGCUGCACCAUAGCAAAGCCUACCCAGAGACUAGGAGAAAACAUCCACUGAGUCCCUUUGGGUAUUUACCGGGUUGUGCAUGUGCUUUGUGCACGUUAUCAGUAGAGCUGUGGAAGGAGCCUGCUGCUGCUUCUGCAGCCCUGCUCUGCUCCAGACCUUGUUCCCUGCCCAUCUGUGCAGUGCAGGGCUGACCUCACAGCUCCUCUGCCAAGUGCUGCCGGGGGCACGCAGUGCUGUUGGUGAAGCACUUAGAAGUGCUAUAUGGAUGCUCAGUAGUUGUGUUUUAACACACCAUGGGGAAGAGGUGGUUAGGAGGUUAAGGCAAAAGUGCUUCAAUUGGUUUGAUUGGUGUGUUCAUCAGUAAUCGUGCAGCGGUGAAAGCUGUUAGUGUGCCACAGUACCUGGGCAGUAUAUCAGGACAGGCAGCAAUUGCCUUCCAUAGCAGCUAUAUCCUGCCUGGACAGGGGCUAGAAGCGCCCCAGGGGCUGCCGAGAGCCAGCAGCACACACUGCUCUCUGGGUGCUGCCUCCCUUCCAGCUGCUCUCGCUCCAGUGCGUGUCCCAGUGCCGUCCUCAUCCGCUCCAUCCCAUAGCAAAGCCAUUGUGACUGUGAGCAAACUCAGGAAGGAGCUCCCAGCUCCUGGCCCUGCCGAGCUGCCCCGCUGCAGGCUGUGCUGUUCCCUGGCCCAGUGCAUGGUGCAGGUGCGGUGUGGGCAGCAGCAGAGCUGCAGGGCCCAGUGCCAGGGACAGACCUCGUCCUCACACCACAGCCGUGCAGGGCCCAGCGCUGGAGGCCGGGGCUCGGCCGUGCACUUUGACAGCCCUGCUACCGUUGGCUUUUGUUUUACUUGCUAUUCUUGUUUACAGCGUGGAACGCUUCCUCCGUGACUCUUUCUAAUGUAUUAUAAUUAUUACUUUAAAAAAUAUAUCGAUGUCUGUGGUUGGUUUU